AUGAGGGUCUUGCAUUCCAUCCUUGGAGUCCUUGCUUUGCUGUCCAUAGUUCCUCAAGCCAGGACCUUAUUUGUUAAAUACACGUGCUCUUUAGAAGCCUAUAACUGCAGAAUGAAGUGCAAUGCUGAUGAACAUGCAAUCAGAUACUGCGCUGACUGGACCAUCUGUUGCAAAGGGAGGAAAACUAAACUUCAGAAAAAAAAGAAGUGGUAG